AAUAAUAAGGAAGAAGGGUUUGGCAGCAUCUUUUCACGAAGAUGGAUUCCAAGGUCUCUUCCCUCCUCUUCAUUGCAAUCUUGUGCUUAAUCUCCUCAACCUCCACGGCCUUCAACAUCACCAAGAUCCUUGCACAAUACCCUGAGUUUGUUAGCUUCAAUGAUCUCCUAACCCAAAGCGGGCUCGCCAAGGAAAUGAGCAGCCGAGAAACCAUCACUGUGCUUGCUCUCGAUAAUAGCUCGAUUGGUGGGCUCAAUGGAAGACCCUUGGACAUUGCCAAGAGGAUCUUGAGUGCGCAUGUAAUUCUUGAUUACUAUGAUCAAAUAAAGCUUUCAAAACUUAAAAAGGCCAGCACUAUCGUCACCACCUUGUACCAAGCUAGUGGCGCUGCAGAUGAUCGACAAGGUUUCUUGAAUAUUAGCAGAACUGCUGAGGGAAUCAAAUUCGGUUCAGCAGUGAAAGGUGCUCCUCUCGUCGCAUCACUUGUGAAACCCGUAUACGCACAGCCUUAUAACAUUUCGGUGAUCCAAGUCAGCGAACCUAUUGAGGCUCCAGGAAUUGAGAACAAUGCUCCUCCACCACCACCUGCUGCCGUUCCCAAGAAGGCACCAGCUCCAACUGCCAAAUCUCCUUCCAAGGCUCCUGCACCAUCCAAGGUGGAACCAUCCACUCUAACUGAAUCACCGACCGAGGGGCCAGUGGCUGCUGAUGGACCAGUAGCUGAUGUACCCACAGCCUCUCCAUUGGCUGAUGCACCAAUGGCAGAUGAAACAACUGCUGAAGCUGCUUCUUCACAAAAGCAUGCUGGUGGUGCUGUCGUGGUGAUAGGAUUGUUGGCCUGCAUGAUGGGUUUUUAAAAGGCAAGCAAUAGAACAAGGCAGAAGAAAAACUAGGUAAAAGAAUGGAGAAAACCGAAACUGGAUAGCAUGGAAGUUAGCACAAGAAUCAAUGUCUUUUGUGCUACAUUUGAUUACAUCCCCCUCCAAUCACCUCAAUUUGAAAUGAAGUUGGAGGCCUAAUGGGGGCAUACAAGUUUAGUCUGAUUUAUACUUAUAGAUUGCAAAUUCAAAUUUUUUACAUGCUUUAUGAACAUGCCUUGAUUUUUCAUCAAGCACAAUUUUUUUCUUCACCUUUUUUACGAUGGAUACUGGAUGCUGUGUGUGCA